UCAAAUUAGCAAGUAACAAAACAUUGGUCCUAGUAACAAAAAAAUCUAAAAAAAAACAAAUAAUUAAAAAAUGUAGUAAAAAGUAUAAUAAAAACCAUUAAAGUACAUAUAAAAUGGCUUGCAAGGUGUGCGAACAUUGUAACACUGCCGUGAACCGGGACGAGGCGAUAUUGCAAGGAUAUAGCUACCACGCUAGAUGUCUUAAGUGCUACGUCUGCAGCGAGACCAACCUGCAAAACGCUGAUACAUUCAAAGGCGUUAUAUUUUGCUACGGCUGCUCCAACCGCAUCUUCCAAGGAUGCUCCACAGCACGUAGGGCCAAGAUGAGGCGGUCCAAAAGACCUGCAUAUACAGCGUAUAAGGAAAGAGAAAAGCGCAGACAGGAGCGGGGUUAUAACAAGUAUGCUAAUCGGGUUUUGGAGCGUGCCAGAUUGACCGCGAUGGACAGUCGAAGCUUUUCGGGGCAAUCCAAUGAACAUAAAGCUAGGUUAGUUCGUAAUACUGCACCAUCAACAGUAGCAACGGCGCUAACAAGUUACACAUACCGAAUGCCGAAAUCCUGCAAAUUAGAAAAAGAUAGCGUAGAAAUAGGUACAACAACGACAGUCACCAAAGAAUUACUGAAACAUAUCCAUUCACCUACAGACAUUGAGAGCAAAACAGCUACACCGGCGAAGCCGCGAAAAAAAAGGAAAAACGAAGUAAAAAAGAAUUAUUAUAAAAACAACCAUUGUAGUGAUUUAAGAGUUGCAGAGCUCGGUGCAUCCACGGAGAUAGCCCACGUGGCUUUGAGAAAGCGUUCUGAAAUCCCUAUCAUCAUUAAAUCUGAGAUUAACUCAAAGCGUACAGCAAGUGAAACAACACAAAACUUAUCUAACUCAGAUAUCUCAGGUGAAGGCGAUUCAAGACGUACGCAUUAUUCUGAAUGCUCAUCAGAUUUAACAGAUUCCAGCCACGGGAUGAGUCGCACCAUUGCAAGUAUGAUAAAGCUACCUUAUAAAAGUUUCAAAAGAAACAUUUUAGACCGCAGUUCGCUGAUCAGCGUUAUUAUGAGCAGCAGGGAGCCUGAUUGCAUUCUCCAUAAAUUCAGGACACUUUUCCAGCAUGAAAUCACAGAACACCAACGAAGAGGUUUGAAAAGGCUGUUUUCAACAAUAAACCGCAGAAAAGAACAAUACAAAUUAGGAUGGCUUGACGUGAUGAGUCGAAUUCCGGAAGAUGAAAGGAUACCUGAUAAGAUAAAGAAACGGGAAAAGAGAUGCAGACAUUUUAAACAGUCUCACAGUUACCGAUGUAUGCGCUCACAAGUGAUGAGGCUGGCGGGUCCUACGAGAAGCGAACUUGCAGUUCUUCGUAAGAAAUUGAAAAAUGCUUUGUGUUUCAAUUUAUGUAAAGGUCUUCGUGACUAUAACAAUCAGUACGCCGACAUACUGACAUCAGUAGCCUGUGAACAGAGCCGCAAAGCACCUGGUCCAGUAAGAUUAUGUAGCGAUACGUAGGCGUAGUAACAUCUAACCAAUUGAUAGUAGGUACAAGCACUAUGUUGAUAAUACUGACUGGAUAAAGCCAACAAAAGCUUAAUAAGCCUGUGAAAAUAAUUCGUACCAAUUCCGACCUAAGAAUUAUAUUGAAAAGUGUAAUUUCGAAAAAAAUAUGCGGAAACGUUUUAUUGUUAAGGAUUAUGCUAUAAAUAAAAAUUUAC